AUGGCCGAUCUUGUAAUUGGUGCUACUGUUAAAGUUGUGCUUGAUAAGCUGCUUUCUCUCACUAUUGAGGAGGCCAAGAGUUUAAGGAACUGCAAGAAAAAUCUAAGAAUGUUGACAAAAUAUGCUGUUGAACAAUGGCUCAAAAUGCUUGAGAGAGUUGCUGAAGACGCUGAAAACGUGUUUGACGAAUUCAGAUAUGAAUAUCUCAAAGCACAAGUGAUGAACAUCCGAACCAAACUAAUGGAAAAGGUCAGCAACUUCUUUUCUCAUACUGUUUUUAAGUACAAAAUGUCUGAAAAAAUCAACAACAUCAAUGAAGAGUUGAGGGCUAUCAAUCAGUUAGCCAAAGACCUUGGUCUCCAAUCACUGAUGGUUCCUUCUCGGAACAUAGUACCAAUUCGAGAAAUAGAUUCCGUAGUUGUUGCUUCGGAUGUUGUUGGUAGAGACAAAGAUAUUGCUGAAAUAAAGGAGAAGAUUUUGAACAUGAGAAAGGAAGUUGUUCUGUGCACCAUUCCCAUAGUGGGUAUGGGUGGUUUAGGGAAAACAACUAUGGCUAAGAGAAUUUUCAGUGACAAACACAUCAAGCAGCAGUUCGAAAAGAGAGUUUGGUUGUGCCUACCUGAAAUGUCAGAAUCUAAGAGCUUUCUUGAACAAAUCCUUGAAUCAUUGACAGAGAGGAAAGUUGAGGUUCAAAGGAGAGAUUUAAUAGUUAAGAAGCUACAAGAUGAAUUGGAAGGAAAAAAGUAUUUGCUUGUCCUAGAUGAUAUGUGGCGUGUUGACUCUACAUCGUGGCAUGAGUUCGUGGACACCUUGAAAGGAAUAAAUACAUCCAGAGGAAACUGCAUUCUUGUGACUACUCGUAUGAAGCAGGUGGCAUCCAUAGUAGCAGAAGAUCUUCAUAUGUUGAGAAGAUUAGCAAGAGAUCAUUGUUGGUCCAUUUUCAAACAAAGAGCGUUUGUCGGUGGGAGGUUCCGAAGGCGGAGGAAAUACUGA